AAUAUGUGGCUGUCAGCCUGUAAGUAUGUACCUACAAUACACAGGUAGAAUGUGUGUGGUACACACCUCCGUUGUAUGUAUUCUGGGUGUUUAGGUCCGCCGUGGUCGAUUGAUACCCUUCCCCUGCCCGUGCUCCAUCUUUCCUCGCCGCGUCCUGCUUGAAGCUAUCCCUACUCUCCUUCUUCUCUUCUUCCUCCGUGCAUCGUGAGAAUCGUUCAUCGAGCCCUGUCCUCUCACCCAGCCCCUAGCGCGCUGGGACGGAAGGAGACGAGAGAGAAAAAGGCAUCUCAUCGCGUCCGCCUCUCCGAUUCUACCCAAAAGAAAAGAAAGGAAAACCAUCCCCAAAAGUCUUUUCGUCCUGGAAAAAAAAAAGCCGUUGUUAAUGAUCUUAUGAUCUGUGCCCGGCCGUGACGGCCGUCCCCGUCUUUUCCCUUCCCUUCGUGUAUAUCCCUUUUCUUUGGACUUCGUUCGCCUAGGCGAACGGCGAUCACAACCUCGUAUUCAUUUCUGCGACUGGUUUCGCUUUGCCACUGAGUAGCUCUACCGCUAUGUCGUCGAUUACGACCCGGGGGGGCAGGAGGUGUACGCGAGUACCGAAGAAUGUAAAUAUUCUAGAAGUCUCGCCAACCUCAACCUCAACCUCAACUUUCCGUAUUUCCACGAGCACCAGUACGAGCUCGACGUCGACGUCAACAUCGCUCGCCUCGACCUCUACAGAGACUCCGAGCCCGAGCCCCCCCCCCUUCACCCCCGCGCCCGGCAUCGAUCCUACUUCUACUUCGGCCACAGCCGUCGCGCCUAGGCCGCCUCCUGCGGUCGAGAACCCUAUCCAGCCGAGCUCGUUCGUGCCACUCCCCACGGAGAUAUUCCCGACUACGCCCAGCUCUACGCCUAUCGCAGACCCUACGCCAACCACAGCCCCGGCAGGCGAAACUCCGGAUCCGAUUGGCGCCUCUGCUCCGGAAUCGUCUCCGACGUCGCUCAUCACCGCUACCGGAGGGAUCCCUUCUACUGUAGGGACCUCGCUGCUUCUCGACCUGUCCCGUACCCUCUCCCCCAGUGGCCAAUUGAUAACGGGGACGCAGGGUUCAGAUGGAGUGCUCGACACCAAUGUAGCACCGACACCUUCAAUUGAAGGCCAGCUAGGAUUGGAGGAUCCAACCCCCUCGGAAGGAAACGCCGCCGUAUUGACGGGAGGGUCGCGGCCUACUAACUCACUCGAGUCCGGUACGAGCGGCUCGGGGCAAGUAACUGACAAUGCCAUCAGCAAGGAGCAGACUAUAGCGGUGGCAGUCGGGGUCUUUGGAGGCGUCGUAGUCAUCUCGCUCAUAGCCUUCAUCUUCUGGCUCUGGCGAUCGAGGAAGAGAAAGGAGCGCAGGAGCUCAAUCUUGACACCGCUCUCGCCAGGCCCCGUUUUCCGCGAUGAAAAGGGCCCGUACAUCAUCAAUCGUGGAUCCAUAGGGCCGACUUCAUACACGGAUAAAUUGUGGACGGUCCUCGGCGCCAAGUAUAGACGACUGCGUGGACGCAUGAACGACAUAGUGAUCCGGAGCGGGAGCCCAAGCCCUAGCGUAAACCUGGACCGAGGGAACUCGCAAUUCGGCCCGCCCUCGGCGAUGCAUAGCCGAUCAGGUUCGCGAGUUGGCAGUCCACCCGCGGCGAGAAACCGUCCUGCGGACCAGUGGGGCCGGCUGACCGAGGAUGAGAACCACAAUUGGCGACUGCGCCGCGAGUCUGGGAGUGUCUCGAUGGGCAACACGGUGUUCGGCGUGGCCCAAUCUACCAAUGAUAGGGAUACCGAAAGGGGCCAAGUAGACGCAGCGAACGGGAACCGGCGCCGUUCAGCGUCCCUCGGCAACGAGCAGCUACUCCUGGGUAGUUUGGGAUUUGACUUCGGGAUGUCCGAUCCCUUCUCGGACGCGAAUGCUGUCAUCGGAGAGCCGACUAGGGCGAAGCCCACGGUCGUCACGGCAGCGAAAAAUCCGUUCUCGGACGCGAACGCGAUCGGGGAAGCGGUCGGUGCGGGAAGCCGGAGGGGGCCAGCAACUUACGUGCAGAACGUGCAGCACUCCCGGGGCCACAGCGUCCACGGCAGCAUCAGCCGUCAGCCGAGCAAUUCCAGCCAGCGCAGCCAGCGCAGCCAGCGUCAGAAGGACAUGUACCGCGACUCCAACGCGAGCGUCGAGUCGUUCGAAACCCGGCGCCACAAGUUCCGCUCCGAUCCGUUCGAUCUAGACCGGCCGGAUCUCCUGCAGAGCGCCAACUCCAGCAUAAGCAUCACCGCUGGCGGGGCCGGCAGAGUCAGCCGCGGGAGCAGCGUGGCGAUGCCGGACAAGCUGCGCCAGGCGCACGUCAGGAACGACAGCUACUCGUCCGAGUACUCGAGCGGCGUCAGCAUAGCCGAAUGGAGCGAUCCGGGCCCGGACGUCGGGCCGGCAGCCGUAUGGUGGAACUCGUCGACGCCGGAGAGCACGGUGGGGAGACGAGGCUAGGCGCGAGAACACCUACGACAUAGACAGCAUAGAGCGGGAGAAGCAGCAUCGGGCACGGCGCACGUCGGAGCGCGGGCUUGGGUUUUAUUGAGCAUACGCCGAACCCCCCCUUCCUCCAGAAGGGGAAGAGGCGGGGAGGGGGGGGGGGAGGAGGUUGGCUCGGCGUCCUGGGGCGUUUACGAAUGCAUUGAUUGGAUUUUGUGAUACCUGGCGACACCACGCUCUCUUACGAUACCGGCCAGGAGGGUUGCGGGCGGCCGCGCGCUCCCCGCCUACUAUAGAUAGUCUUUCUUUUCGUUGUCAUCGUCGUAAUUCGACAGGGAGACUGCUCCGCGCCGUUCCCAUACCGUAGGGACAAGCCGAGGAACCAUACACCCAAGCGAGGCCAGCACACCGGCUCCGAUAGCUGCAAGAUAGGGAUUGUGAUUUGCGAGGACGUCCGUAGCACCACAGUACGAUCAAAUCAAAGCCUUAUAGUUUGCUUUCCCGUACCUGGAUAUGGCCAUGUGCGAUGUGCGGUGUUCUUCUGUGUAGCGUGAGGCGUGAGAUAACCGCUUGGUAGAUUGGAUAUGGUGCUGGGGGAGGUAUUGGAAGUUGGGCGGGUUCCAUCGUCCCUAAGCUGCCGACUCUCUGUGUGGUUUCUACUCAUAGUUGAAGAACGC